AUGGCGGGACGAUCUUACCUCAGUUUGCAACGACUGCGCGUCGAGGAUGUUCCACAGCACCCCGAAUUCACCACGCCCUCCGCAAACGCACCAGCUCUCGCGACGUUCCUUGCUGCUGCCUUCAGAGAAGCUCUUGCCGAAGACUUUGAGACUGGGUUCACAGUCCAAGGCAGCUGGGCUCCUACCGGCAAGAACAUCCGGAUCACUGGGCUGGAUGGCGGCCAUGCCACCGUACCCGUCUCGGUUGAGCAGCGCAAGAAAGGCAAGGGUGAGAAUGCGUGGUUCGCCCGGAGAUCAAAGCACCUAGAGAGCGACGUGCGACACACGGAGCUCGACAGCUUGCUGAUGAACGACCACAGCUGGUGGGAGUAUCAGUACACGCCCGAUCUGUACGAUGGCAACCUGCUGCUGGAGUGGGAUGUAAAGCAGUUGGAAGAGGCUGCCGGCAGCAUCAGGCAAGAAUUGGGAAUGACAGACGUGGAAAUGCGCAUCGUUCAGAUGUUCCACGUCCUGCCAGGUCCGUUGCAGGAUCGAGUGUUCCAUGCGCUCGCCCUCUCCGGCAAGCAAGAAGCUCAGUCCAUCAACAUGCAGAUUCCCAUCGACUAUGCUUCGUUCACUGCCGUGCAGACCAUACGGGCGAGAAGCCGUCUGGGACCGCAAGGGAGUGCCUUCCGGUACAACACCGAGGCCAACCGCUCUGAGAACAGAGAGCCCAAGCCUACCGAGGUGCAGAAGCAAAGGAGCGGAAAGAAGGUCACAGAAGGCAUCUACGCUUCUCUUGAGCGCAUCCGUAUCAUUACAGGCACGGAGCCGCAGUUCACGCAGUGGGACAUGAUGACCCUGAGCAAUGCCGGAGGGCUUGUCAGCUCCGUCCCCGUGUCGAUGCAGAAGGGCCAGCUUCUGGAAGCUGUGAGCAAGGACGUACAGUUUGUACUCGAGGAGGUUGGAAAGCAGAGAGAAGGGGGAAAGCGGACGCAUAGCGGAGUCUAG